CUCCAGUCGAUUGGCUAAAACUUUGGAUAGGAUCUUAUGAAUUCCGUUCAGCAGGCUUAUAGGUCGAUAAUCAUCCGCCCAUUUAGCUCCGUCUUUCUUCGGAAUUAAAUAAAUAUAAGUAUAAUCAAUAGGGUUGGUGUGUAGCGUCCCCUCGAACAAUUCUUGAAAAAUGUUCAAGAGAGCGCCCGUUUGGGAACUUGAUCACUGAGUCGAUUGAGAUAGAGAGAGAGAGAGAGAGAGAGAGAGAGAGAGAGAGGUGAGGAUGCAGAGGAGAAGUGGGAAGGGAACCUACCAAUCGCCUCUCCCCUCAUCCAGUGAUGCGAACGCUCCUCGCUCCCAUGGCGACGACCACUUCUCCCCCAACACCGCCUCUCUCGUCGGAACCUGCCCCGAUAUGUGCCCAGCGAAGGAGAGGGCUCAGCGACAGAGGCUGAGAGACCUCUCGGUGUUCGAAAGGGUCGAUGGGAAUCCCAAAAGAACUUCUCCUGAUCUCGCCGUUAAAAAGUUUUGCAGAACUAUCUCUACUUUGGAUGUACAGGCGUCAGAUAUGCGGCCACUGCCAGUGUUGCAAAAGACAUUGGAUUAUCUUCUGAGCUUAUUGGAUUCUUCGCCAUAUCCGUUUGAAAUUGUUCAUGAUUUCGUCUUUGAUAGGACAAGAUCUAUCCGGCAAGACCUUAGUAUGCAGAAUAUUGUUAAUGAUCAAGCAAUUCAUAUGUACGAGGAGAUGGUGAAAUUUCACAUUACAUCGCAUCGAAAACUCGCCAGCUGUUGGAGCAAGCCUGAUGUAUCAUCCUUGUGUUACCUCAACAUGGAGCAGAUGAUGAAAUGUUUAUUGACCCUUUUUGACUUGUAUCGUAUUAAUCGAAAGUCCAUAAAGAAGAAUGAAGCUGAGUUUCAUUCUUUGUAUGUGCUGCUGCAUCUGGGCUGUAAGAUACCAAAAAUGGGUGAGUCACUCUCAUUGUGGUACCGCCAACUAUCACCUUCAAUUCUCCGGUCAGAGCAAAUGCGCUUUGCUCGGACUUUGUUGAGGUACUCCCAACUGGGAAACUUCAAACAUUUCUUUGCAUUGCUAGCGUCUGAAGCGACUGAUCUGCAGUUGUGUCUUGCUGAACCAUUUCUAAAUGAGGUCCGUGCACAGGCAAUAUUGUACAUCAAUUAUGCGGGCUACAAACUUCAACCCUAUCCAUUUACACACCUCUCGAAAAUCCUAAUGAUCAAGGAGUCAGAUCUAGAAACUCUAUGCGUAGAGUGUGGCCUUGAAACAAGCACGGACGAGUCAGGUUCGAAGUUCUUACCAGCUAAACAGACAUCCUUCUGUCUACCCAAAGCAGGCUUCCGAACUUCUAGCAGUCUUGCAUCUGAGAAAGUUUAAAGGUAAUCACAAUCAUUUACUUACCGUGGCCAUUCAUCUUGAAAUUCAGAAAAAUUUGUAAAUCAGAUACCUGUUGUACUUUAGUAGGGAAAAAGAAUGUUGGAGUACUUGAUCAGUAGUGACCUAUCUGAGUACUUGAUCAGAUACCUGUUUUACAUUCUAUGAAGUAAACCACUUAAUGCGUUGCUGUUUAGGGCUCUACCAGGAGAUGUAAUUUUAUAUGGUACUUGGUUAUACCAGGAGAUGUAAUUUUAUAUGGUACUUGGUUAUACCAGGAGAUGUAAUUUUAUUUGGUGCUUGGUUAACCUGAAGAAAUGCAAUUUGGCAAGUCAAACUCUUAGUAUUACAUUUGUGUAUUAAAAAAUGAACCAUCUUUUUCAGUAUAUUUUUCUUUUUAACA